AGUUGAGGCUCAAGUCGACAGCUGCACUCAUCUCCCGCUGCAAAAGCAGGACGCCAAGAAGCCACGAUGGAGAUGAAGCCAAAGGAUGCGGAGGUUUGCAGCCAGGGCAGCACUGCGAGCGGAUGCAGCAGCAAAGAGAGCCUGAGUGUGGGCUCGUCGAUUCCCAGCAACAAGUUCCGGCGCGGCGGCAUUUUGCCCACCGCCGUUUGCCUCAGCAAGGCGGCCAUUGGCGCCGGCGUGCUGUCGGUGGCGGCGCACGGGGCAGAAGUGGGCGCCGUGUAUCAAAUGGUUUGCCUCAUCCUGGGCGGGCUACUCACUUUGGCCAGUAUCCGCAUGAUUGCGAACGCCAGCUUGGAGACUGGCUGCUGGAGCUAUGAGGACAUCUGCGAAGAGCUCUUUCACCCGGCCAUGUCGCUUUUCACAGGCUUCAUCAACGUGUGCAACUGCCUGGGCUCCGCUGCUGGCUAUCUCAUCGUGUGUGGCCAAGUGUUCCAGGUGAUCUUCCAAGCGGAUGACAGGGCUCGGAGCAUCUUUGUGGUGCUGGUGGGCGUCUUCGUUUGCGGCCCUUUGGCUUUGGCCAAGCACGUGGGCUUCAUGCGACAUCUGGCAGCCAUCAGCGUGGGGGCCUUGCUGCUGCUGGUGGCUUCGGUGGUGUGGUACUGGGCCAAGCACGGCAUCGACGAGUCCGUGGAUGUGGAAAGCUUCCUGCUGCCCGGCUCGGGCGCGACGGUGUUCACCUACAUGAACUCCAUCAACAACAUGGUCUUCGCCUACAACAACCAGUUCAACGUCCCGCAGCUCACUGGGGAGCUGACACCCGCCCCCUCUGUGCACAAGAUGACCAAGGUCGCUCUGUUGAGCACAAGCCUCUGCUUUCUGCUCUAUGGGAGUGUGUCCAUCUUCGGAGUGCUGGCAUUUGGCGUCGGCGACAAUCAGAAAGACACCCUGAUCCUGGAUCUGAUGCCUGCGCGCAAGGAGUGGCACGUGGUGCUGUCCCUCUUUGCGGUGAUGUUCAGCGUCCUCACGUGCUUCCAGUUCCACGUGUACCCCAUCCGCCAAUUCUCUGCCUAUGCGGUGCGCAAGCUCCGGGGGCUUCCGGCCAAAGCCGCGGAGGAGGAGGAGGUGACGGGCGACGGGUGCUGCGGCCGGUCGCUGGCGCGGUGGCUGGAUAUCGCCUGCGCUUUGGGGUCCGUGGCGGUUGCCAUCUUGAUCGCAGUGGUGGUCACCUCCCUGCGCACCAUCCUGGACUUUAUCGGCGCCUUCGCCUCUGCAUACAUCUCCUACGUGGUGCCCCCGCUGUGGAUCCUGGCCCUCCGCAGGAAGGGCAAGGACUUCUCUUGGCUGGCGCCAGAGAUUCUCUUCAGCCUGGCAUUGCUGUCGCUCGGCGUCUUCUUCUUCGUGUUCGGCACCUACUCUGCCAUAAAAGCGGCUUAGGCAGUUGUACAAGUAGCUGGCGGCUGAAUUGGACUCUAGCGCUGGUCAUCCAGCAGGAGUCUUUGCAUGGCUUUCUGCGACCAAUCUCGCUUGCAUAGGUUAGAACAUUUGCUUCUCCUCCUUCAGGGAGACUCUUUGAUUCCUCCCCCUUUUGAACACACCCAGGGUCGCAAAGCCCCCCUCUUGUACAGGGGGUGUUUAGCAGGGGCUUGGUUCAUGGCGUGGAUUCUCAAGGGAGGGUCCAUGCAUCGAUGUCAGCCACAGCGCUGGCUUUCCAAGCAACCGGCUCGACUGCGCACGCAUUGCACUCGCGUGCUUGCUCUUGAGCAUGGA